UUUAACAAUCGACAGCUUAGAACCUACUGCUACAAUUUUUCCCUCUCCUUAAGUUCUAUAUAUAUAUAUAUAUCACACGCGCACAUAUAUAUAUGAGAUAAGAAAGAAGCUACUACCAUUGCCGUUCUCCAGAAGUUUCUUGAGUUUUGAGACUGAAAUUCGCGAUCAGUUCAAGAUCCGGUUGAUGAUCGUGGCCAUAGAGAAGGAAAAGGAAGGCAGGCAUACUUGUGGUAUGUGGCCUCGGCAACGUGAAGCUGCAUUGAUGUACAAGCGCAUGUCAUCGAGAGAUUAUACAGAAACAGUAGAUGUGGAAUCAAGAGAUUAUGUGAAUACGAAUGCCAUGGAAGAAAAAUCUGCUCUUUUACAGAAUGGUGCGGAUAGAGAAACUUCUAAUCCUUCGUGGACACUUUCUUUCCCACAUGUUGUGGCGGCAACCUUAGUUGCAUUCUUAUUUGGCUACCAUCUGGGAGUCGUAAACGAACCAUUGGAAAGCAUCUCUGUUGAUCUUGGUUUCAGUGGCAAUUCAUUGGCAGAAGGUCUGGUGGUGAGUACAUGUUUGGGCGGUGCCUUCAUUGGAUCUUUAUUCAGUGCUUGGGUUGCUGAUGGGCUUGGUCGCCGUAAGGCUCUUCAGCUGUGUGCACUGGCUAUGAUUAUCGGUGCUGCUUUGAGUGCAACAAGCAAAACCAUUGCUGGUAUGCUUUUAGGAAGGUUACUUGUUGGGACUGGUAUGGGUCUGGGACCUCCUGCAGCUGCUCUCUAUGUAACAGAGGUUUCACCUACUUUUGUUAGGGGUACUUAUGGAAGCUUGUUCCAAAUUGCGACAUGCCUCGGGCUCAUGGGGGCUCUUUUCAUUGGAAUUCCUGUAAAAGAAAUUGUUGGCUGGUGGCGCAUUUGUUUUUGGGUAUCUACAAUUCCAGCUGCAAUACUUGCUCUUGCCAUGGUUUUCUGUGCAGAGUCUCCACAUUGGCUAUAUAAGCAAGGAAAAACUACUGAGGCAGAAGUUGAAUUUGAGAAGCUCCUGGGAAUAUCACAUGUCAAAGUUGCGAUGGCAGAGUUAUCCAAGUUGGAUAGGGGAGACGAAACAGAUUCGGUCAAGCUUUCAGAACUGCUUUAUGGUCGUCAUUUUAGAGUUGUUUUUAUUGGGUCAACCCUGUUUGCUUUACAACAGCUAUCUGGUAUAAAUGCUGUUUUCUAUUUCUCUUCGGCUGUUUUUAAGAGAGUGGGAGUCCCAUCAACACUUGCAAACAUCUUCAUAGGGAUUUCAAACUUAACAGGAUCGGUAAUUGCCACUGUUUUGAUGGAUAAGCUGGGAAGGAAAGUUCUUCUUCAAUGGAGCUUCUUUGGCAUGUCGGUAUCAAUGAUAGUUCAAGUUGCAGCAGCAAGUUCUUAUGCAUCAGGUGCUGGUUCUUUAUACCUCUCUGUUGGCGGUAUGCUCAUGUUUGUACUAACAUUUGCUCUAGGAGCCGGUCCGGUUCCAGGUCUCCUCCUCCCUGAAAUAUUUCCAAGCCGAAUUAGGUCAAAAGCUAUGGCAGUUUGUAUGUCGGUGCAUUGGGUGAUAAAUUUCUUUGUGGGACUGCUUUUCUUGCGUUUGCUGGAGCAACUCGGGCCGCAGCUCUUGUAUUCCAUAUUUGCUACCUUCUGUGCAAUGGCAGUCAUGUUUGUGAAAAGAAACGUGGUGGAAACCAAAGGGAAAUCACUUCAAGAAAUUGAGAUAGCUCUUCUUCCACAGGAAUAGAGGGAGCCUUGUCGUUUCUACGAAAAAGUGUUUCACUGAUGAAAGCCUGAAAAGUUGCAACUGAAGUCCCCUCUUGGAAACUAUACUUGCCACGUAGAACUCGAAACGACGCAAGUUCCUUUUGGCUAGACAGAACAAACACGUAUCGAGGGUGGUGCGUGGAUUAGAGACUAGGGACCCUUGUGACGAUAUUUCAACGACCCUGGUCGAGUUUCUGGGAACGGUGUAGGUUAGAUGGUUGAGUUUAAUCUUUUUAGCCCGGAUAAUUUGCAAAAGAUUUGUCGGAUUUGGUUAUUAGUUCUAAUAUAAUGUACAAAUGGUGAUGUGGGGAUCCUUUGCUCUUUUCAGUCUGUCAGCUUGAAAUAUAAAGGUUAAUACCGAUGGUUCUUGUUUA